AUGAGGACUGGGGGGUUGGUGAUAAGUCUUCAUUAUCAUGAGUUAAUAAUUAGUAAAUAAUAUAAUUUUAGCCUUAACUCAUGAUAAAUAGACUUAUAUUUGUGUUAAAGCAUGAAAAGUGGUUUUCAGUUGAUGAACGUGAAUUUUUGGGUAAUUAUGUGAUUUUAUACGAUUUUUACAGUCUUAGUUUUGAGAUAAAUGAAGAACAAGAAAUAAAAAUAAAAAUAUUGCAAAAUGGGGAGAUACGUCGGCCAGCCGGGCCCGCAAGCGGGUCGGAAGCGCAGUCGGGGAGUAGCCGCGAGCAGGGGCUCGAGUGGCUUGCUUGGAUCGAUAGGGGCACGUGUGUGCCACUCCCCUUCCACGUCACCGGUGGUCAGCCGGCUGUGGGGCAAGGAGUGGUCGUACACGCGAGAGGACUUUGCCAAGAAAGCUAACUUUACUAUAUAUUCGCCCCAAUAAUCCACGCACAACCGAUGUGGGACUAAAUUCACCUUGUAAGGCACCGGCGACCGCCGCGGGUUCGAAUCCUCCCAGAGUCAAAAUUCAUAUAUUUUUAACUGAUUAUCGCGACUUUCCUGCAGAUCGCCGGUGAAGGAUUAAGCAACCGGAAUCGCUGGAUCAUCGGCGAAAAUCUCGUCAACGCGAUUCGCGGAGCAUUGCUACUAAAAUUUCUGAACGAUUCGCGAUAAAAGGAUCGCAAUCCAUCAAGUAAAUCAUCUCCGAUUGAUCGACGAACAAGCCGUCGUCGGGAAGAGGACGAUCCGCCGGGAGACCAGUCGCCACCUCCUGA